AUGGAGCUAGCUCUGUUUAAUGUGCACGAUGGCUAUUUGGAGGGAAUUGUGAGGGGCCUGAGGGGAUCUUUUUUGACUCGCGAAGAUUACAAAAGGCUGGCCAAUGCAGACACUCUGGAAGAUUUGAGAAGUGCCCUCGAAGAAACUGACUACGGCUUCUUCAUGCAAGACGAGCCGCUGCCCCUCGCAGUGCCCACAAUAGCGCAGCGGGCCCGCAGCAAGCUAACUGCAGAGUUCAAGUACCUGCAGUCUCAGGCCUACCAGCCCCUAGCAAAGUUCCUGGACUUCAUCGCCGCGGAGAAAAUGCUGGACAACAUGUUGGGUUUGCUGCAGGGCCGCGUGGCCCGCAAGCCCGCGGGGGCCCUCUUAGCAGCAGCAGACCCUUUGGGGGCCUUCGAAGGCAUGGGGGCCCUCGCGAGGCUGGACCCUUCAGUCUCUCCUGAGGGCCUCUUCAGAAGUCUUUUAUUGGAAACUCCAGUGGCGAAGUAUUUCGAAAAAGUGCUUUCUCAGGGUCCGGGGGGCCCCCACGCCCAGCACUUGGAGCGCAUUCUCACCAGUGCUGACAUAGAUUUGCUGCGAAACUCCCUCAAAAAAGAAUGGCUCGAGGACUUCUACGCGUUUGUCCAGACACUCGAGGACUCGACCACGAAGGAGGUCAUGGGGCACAUUUUGAAGACGGAAGCAGAUUUUCGAGUUUUGUCUCUGGCUAUAAACUCCCUCAGCACCGGUCAGCAGCAGCAGCAGCAGCAGCAGCAGCAGCAGCAGCUGGAUAGGCACGCGCUCUUCCCCAACUUUGGCUAUCUCUAUCCUGAUGGAACGGACAGGAUCCGAAAAGCUUGGAAUGACCCCACACUUAGGGCCGCCUUGGAGCCCUAUCCCUCCUAUUUGAAUGUCUACGACCAGUGCCGCGCCUUCUACAUCGGAGAUGAACGAGACAAGGCAGACUUGACUUCGCGCUUCAAAACUUUGGAGGAUUUGCUGUACAGAGAAAUGGUCCAAAUGUGCGAACUUACUUUCGAGCAGCAGUUCCACUACGGGGUCUUCUACGCGUGGGUUAAGCUGAAGGAGCAGGAGAUAAGAAACAUCGUCUGGAUAGCCGAGAUGGUAAUUAGCAGCAGCAGUAGCAGGAGCAGCAGCAGCGGCAGCAGCAGCAGCAGCAGCAGCAGCAAUUUUAUUACGUGA